CGGGUUCGGAGAGUGGCGGGCAUGUCUCGACACAACGAGAGAACUCGGGUCUGAGUAGAGUAUAAGGAAAGAAAGCCCUUUCUCGGAUUUCCUGCGAUGCCUGGUCAUUGUCGAUGCGACUGAGACGAUGAACGAGUCUUUGCCCGUCUUCGAAUCGACGUCUAUCGCCCCCUCGGGACCAUUUACGAUCGCCCAUGAGCUGGACCGACCGCAACAUCCAAGGCCUUCGUCGUCGCAGUAUUUUGGCACAGGACUAUUCACACCAGGACCACCCACGAUGCCGGUGGUCUAUGCUCCUCACGAGAUGGACUUUCCCCCUCCGAAUGAAGGAGUGUCUCGCAUGGGGGACAAUUUAAGACCGGGUAGUGGAGCGGCGAGCAGUCCCUCUCCCGGUCAGAUUUCGGCCAUGAUGAUGCACAAUCCGAAAAGAGCGUACAGACAAAGGAGAAAAGACCCGAGCUGCGAUGCGUGCCGUGAGCGCAAGGUCAAGUGUGAUGCGACCGAGACAACGAGUUGUACAGAGUGUUCGAGUCGCAAUGUUCGUUGCCAGUUUACCAAGGACACGAACCGGCGCAUGUCCUCCAUCAAGCUUGUACAGGACCUGGAGCGACAACUACUGGAAGCCCGGCAGCAGCUCGAGCGAUAUCACUCGGUUGAGCGAAAUGCUGAUCUCUCCGCCGACCUUCGCGCCGAAACCGCCGCAUCGGCCUACGCUGAGUUUCCGUCUAUCGGUAAAUCGCCACGGAGGAUGUUGAAAGCAAGAGCACCUCAGGACCUCACAAGUGCCCGGACGCAGUUGAAUGACGUUGGUCGCGGUUUGUUGAAACCUCCAGUCACAGGUGUCCAACCUCGAUCACACACUACACAGACUCGAAUUUCGGACCUACAGGGUCUGCCUUCGCAACCCGUGGCGGAAAAUUUACUACACUACUAUCACGAAUAUAUUCACCGUCUUUUCCCCGUCCUAUACUGGCCCAAGUUUCAGCGGAAUUUUACGGCAGCGACAGAAAGAAGCAACGUGCAGUCACUCCCGACCGACUGGAUUGCGACGUUGUACGCCGUUCUCGCAUGCGGCGCUCUUGCGACACACGACCGUGGCCGGGUCCCAGAGGCGCAGGAGUACCUGACAAGGGCAAUAUCCACCAUCAAUUUCUGGGAAGAUGACGUGUCUACAAACCAGGCCAUCGUCGCGUUUCUCGCUAGCCUUGCGCUGAUAGAGAUGAACCGGAAAUCUGCAAGUUGGAUAUGGCUGGGCUCCGCAAUCCGCAUUGUCCAGGAUCUAGGCUUGCACGUACAAGGGGGUCAAUGGUCACCGAUUGAGGGCGAAAUGCGCAAGCGCAUAUGGUACUCAUUCUAUGUCUGGGAUCGCGUGCUUGCUCUCGAACUUGGAAAGCCGAUGCUCAUCAACGACGAUGAGUGCGACACCGAGUACCCCGAAGUCCUCGACGAAGAACGCCUGAUGUCCGACCAUAUGCACACUCCCCUCGCUCCCAAAUUACUGCUGGCCCACGUUCACGUAGCACGGCUGAUGGCGCCGCUGGCAAAGACUUUUCGGUCUCUCUGCAUCACCAGUGAGGCGCUGGCCAAGUUCGAGGGUCACCUUGGUGAAUGUCUGAUUUUGUUUCCCCGGCCCCUACAACUCUCUGCCACGACUCCUCUGGAUCCAUGUAUCAUGGGUCCGCUUAUCUCUUUCCAGAAUACACGAAUAAUGCUUCAUCGCCAUAAUUUGUCCCCAUCAUGCUCUUCAGAGCAACGAGCUCAAGCCAUUGAGCAGUGCCUUCAUGCUUCUCGCGACACCGCAAACAUGCUCUCCAGGUGCAUGAUCCCCCAUAUCCAAUCCCAUGAGUGGGAGCAGCGGUUUGUUCUCUCUGCGACCACGAUGCUAUGUACCCAUUUGUGGCGGUGCAUGCUCUUCUUGUUGUUUCGCCAAGUUUACGACAGCUUUUUCCUCAUCCUGAGAGCAGCUGCCACCAUCAACGAUGCGCGAAGCAUCAAUAUAUGCUGCGGGAGACACUUGUCGUUCUUUGUGCGAUGUCUGAUCGAGAGACUCGAGCAGCCGAGCAACAUCGACAUCGACCACGACGAGGAGUUGCUCGUCUACCUGUCUGCGGAUCUUCAGGCCAGUACGAACAGCUGGGUAUGGGGCAACGCCGAGACGGGCACUCAUCUCAGCCGCCGUCAAAAACACGGCCGACCCAGGCACCAAUUCAUCGAACAUGACCCACACUCGUCGGGCGCUCAGUCGCCGUCGUGGGACAACAUGUUGUCCGAGGAAGAGCAACACGACUGGGGCGGCUGGCAGCACAUUGAGCAGUCAGCCAGAUACCUCCAACAGCUUUCGGAGCGACUGCACUAUCAACAAAAGCCACUCCACGGCUCUCUACCCAUAUCACCACUCCCCAACGGCCCAGCAGGCCCGGGACCCUCAGGCCCGACAUUGCCGCCGAUCAGCCCGCCGACCGAAACGACCCCAGAUCCGAACCGAGCACGAAUGACCAUUGCCAACAUCAUAUAGUCGACAGGCUACGUAGGCUACGCGACCAACGCGGCGCCAGCAGUGACAUUGGGUUUGGAAAGAUGAUGAAUUUGACGUUAAACGCACACACUCACACACCCAUACACAAUAUGACAAUGUGCCUCUGUCCAGUUAGAUUGUUUGUACGGAGUACAUCUUUGUACAUGUCGUUUAUUUUUUUUUUUUUGGAUUACUAUCAAAGAUACCCAGCAAUCAUUUGCAAUAUACCGCUAUAAAAAACAAAAGCCAG